AUGACAAACAAGACAAAUAUGACAACUCCAAUUAAGAUUCAAACAGGUUGCGCUGAUUUAGAAUUGUUUCCUGACAUUGUGGUGAAACGGAUAGAUCUUGAGUUGCAAAGACCUCCUCAUAAUGCACAUACUGAGUUAGAAAUUUUGAAAACACUAUCAAAUAAGCAUGUGAUACCCUUGCUCGGUUCUGAAACCUCACCAAGGUAUGUUACAUUCAAAUUCAAACGGUAUCAAUGCGAUUUAAACCAGUUCAUGGACCAACAUUGGAAGGCGAAAUACAAUCCGUACUUGUUAGAUAAUUCUACAAAAACAUAUUCAAAUACCAUACCACUCGAUCACUCGACAGUGAUUAUAAGACAAAUAAUCGAGGGAUUAGUUUAUAUACACGGUAAUGGCAUUAUACAUAGGGAUGUCAAACCGCAGAAUAUCAUGCUUAACUCGUACAAUGAAGUCGUAUUAGGGGACUUCGGUAUAAGUUACAAUAGGAAUCUGGAUAAUGAGGCCAAGACCUGUGAUUGUUCCACAUCAAUUUACAAAGCACCAGAGCUUCUCUUUAGCGUGUCAAAUUACAAAUUCGAGAUAGAUAUUUGGGCAUUAGCUGUGUUGAUUUCUCAACUCUGGAACGAUAAAACACAAUCCAAAUCAAAAAGCAGCAAAGUGAUAGACAUUGAUUUCGACGAAUGUUCUGACAUAAAACUUGUGCUCACUUUAUUUGAUAAGUUUGGGAAACCCAGUAACGAGGAUUGGCCUCAGGUGACUAAAAAUGAAUCAUUCAAUGGGAUGUUCGGGAAUGUUUCAAGCGAUAAUUUCUUGCAUAGGAGACCAAUUGACGAACAACUGAUUCAAGUGUACAAAUGGAUGCCUCUCAUAACGGACAACCCAAAAUUAGCUAAGAUGUGGCUACGCAUGGUCAAAUUCGAUGGUAAUCUGAGAAUAUCGGCAGAGCAACUCUUGGUAUCUAUCUAG